AUCCUGGAAGUGAAAAGUGACAUCCUGACAUCUCGGAGCAUCCCAAACCCGGAAUGACAGGGAAGGAGCUGCUUUGGUUGAUGAUCCAUGGUCCUGUCCGUUCAAAGAUGCCAGCACUUCCAGCCUAGACACUCGCGACAGGAGGGCUGAGCCUGGACCUGCUCCUGUACUUUUGAGGUAGAUCUGGGACUUAACCACCUCCUUCCCAGCCCCCAGGAGUCAUGGAGGACAAACGCAACAUCCCCAUCAUUGAGUGGGAGCACCUGGACAAAAGGAAAUUCUACGUCUUUGGGAUUUGCAUGACUAUGAUGAUCCGGGUGAGCGUUUACCCUUUCACGCUUAUCCGAACACGUUUGCAGGUUCAGAAGGGCAAGAGCCUCUACAACGGGACGUUUGAUGCUUUUGUGAAAAUCCUGCGGACAGAAGGGACAGCUGGGCUCUACCGUGGCUUUUUGGUCAACACUUUCACCCUGAUCUCCGGGCAGUGCUACGUGACCACAUACGAGCUCACUCGAAAGUACGUGUCACGGUACAACAACAACAACGCUGUGAAGUCGCUGGUGGCAGGUGGCUCGGCCUCCCUGGUGGCCCAGAGCAUCACGGUGCCCAUCGAUGUCAUCUCCCAGCAUCUCAUGAUGCAGAGGAAGGGGGAAAGCAUGGGCAGGUUUAAGGUGCAGAACCAAGAUGGCAAGCGGAUGCUGGUCUUUGGCCAAACCAAGGACAUCAUUGUACAGAUCUUCAAGGCUGAUGGCUUUAGAGGCUUCUACAGGGGCUACGUGGCCUCACUGCUCACCUAUAUUCCCAACAGUGCGGUCUGGUGGCCCUUCUACCACUUCUAUGCCGAACAGCUUUCUAGCUUGACUCCUAAGGACUGUCCCCAUCUCCUCCUGCAAGCUAUAUCGGGGCCACUGGCAGCUGCCACAGCUUCCACCCUCACCAACCCCAUGGAUGUCAUCAGAGCCCGGGUUCAGGUGGAAGGCAAGAGCUCCAUCAUCCUCACCUUCAAACAGCUCAUGGCAGAGGAAGGUCCCUGGGGCCUGACGAAAGGCCUUUCUGCCCGUAUCAUCUCGGCCACUCCUUCCACCAUCGUCAUCGUGGUGGGGUACGAAACUCUGAAGAAGCUGAGCCUCCGCCCGGAGCUGGUGGAUUCGAGGCACUGGUAGAGGCAGCUGGUGGAAGAGAAGACCUUCCUUUGAGUCCUCUGAAUUUGGACCGUCACGGUUGGAAGCUUGGGAGGAGAGGCAGCUGCUGUCUCUUUUGUCUCUAGCUGGUUUCCCAGUACAGGGCAGAAGCAAGAGCAACUGCAAUUCACCUCUGUAGAUUUGACUGUAACACAACGCUCUGCUGCUAUUUCUGCUUAAAACCAUCAAAAUGUGACCUUUGGCAACACUGUUUGCCAGUGACAGUUCAUUCGAGAGCAGCCAGGUGUGUGAACACAUCCUGGCAAAUUCUGAAUUCCUUUAUUGUUUUGUUGGUUUUUUUUUAAAUUAAAGACUUACUGGCUGAAGCAAAAAAAAAAAAAAAAAAGCCAGUUUAUCCUUUAAAUUAAA